AUGCUCCUGAUCGCCUCCUACAUCGCGGAACCACCUGUGUGUCUCUUCCAGUUCGGCGGUUUCAUGCGGAAAGUCUGGCCGGAACACUGGUUCCAUGUCCGCACAGAUGCAUUGGGCACGACCUCCAAGCUGGAUGCGUCGGCCGUGUGUUUGCAUGCUUCCAGUCACGUGGAGUGUUGCCUUCUUGAGGCGGCUGCGGAAAGCACCCGCAAGCUUGCAGCCUGGACGAGUUUUUCAAUUCGGCAGAGGUCUACGAUUCCCUUGCCGAUGAGUGGUCUGCCCUUCCUGCCAUGCCAACCCGUCGGCACGGUGCUUGUGCUUGCUUUGUGGACGGCAAAGUGUACGUCCUUGGUGGCAUGCAACUUGACUGGAAAGUUGUCGCUACAGGGACGAGACCUAGUGUGGCCUCAGCCCACUUCGAGCGACUUCCAGGUGCAAGGCUUUCUAGCAAAAGCUGCCAUGGUAGAAUUUGGUUUUGAAACUGCUCACAGUGUCUCUGCUCGAGGCCUUGUUGCAGCUCGAUACAUUAAACAAAUUCUGUUGCAACGCCGACCCCGAUCUUAG